CAUAGCCCUCUUCCUGGAAAGUAUAGUUCAGCUCAGGCUGGAGUUUGUCAGAUGACAUUGCGUUUUCCUGUUUCUGCUAUAGAUUAGCUAUGUACAAAAUGUCCUCAAACACUUAAUCUAUAAUGACAUCAUCUCGAUUCUCCAACAUAGGCGAUAGAUGUACUUCUGCAACAGAGCAGAGACUCGGCCGCGACGAGGAGGACUAUUGCAUAAUAUGCAUGGACUGUUUUCAGAAAAAGAGAACUUUAAGAUGUUCUCACUCAUUCUGUUCAAGUUGUAUUGACUCGGUUUUCCAAAUUAAGCCCGCAUGUCCGGUAUGUAAUACUUUUCACGGGACCUACGAAGGAACGCAGCCCCGGGACGGGAUCAUGACAGUGAGACGCAACUGGCAGUGUUUACCUGGCUAUGAGGAGGGGAAUGGACAUAUCGCGAUUGAUUAUCACUUUACAGACGGAGUACAAGGGCCUGAGCAUCCGAACCCGGGUGAGAAGUACUCCAGCACGUCCAGGACAGCCUUUCUGCCAGCCUGUGAGGAGGGAGAGAAAGUACUGAGGCUGCUCCAGACAGCCUUCCACAGGAGGCUCAUCUUCACCAUCGGGACAUCAGCCACCACCGGCCUCAACAACUCCAUCACAUGGAACGACAUACACCACAAGACCAACAUUGGGGGAGGACCACAGUUUUUUGGGUAUCCAGACCCGGGCUACCUCUCCAGGGUCCAGGAGGAGCUUCGUCUGAAGGGAGUGACAGAGGAGAGCUGAUUCCACUGGAACUUCAUGGAACCGUAGAAUUAGAAUUACUAGAAUGGAAUAGAACGGACAUUCAAUGCUAUUAGUUGAAAUUCUAUGCAUAUUGUCACACUCUGGAAUCAAACACAAGACGAGAAGAGCAGUUACAGUGUUGGGGAAGCUACUCUGAAAAUAUAAUUUACCAAGCUACCAAUUCACACUAGAAGUUAAGCUACCCUUAAGAAAAAUAUAGUUUCCUUAAUUAAAGUUACUUUGAAAAAGUAGUACACUACAUCAAAACUACUUUGUGAAAAAUGAUCAUAUGUAUAUCUGAAAUGUCAUAGACUACAAAUUGCAAGACUAGAUCACUUUACGGUUCAUAUGUUAACAGAAUGUGUAAUUUGGCCUAUUAAACACAAAAACUGAGAAUUAGGCAAAUCUGAUGCCAGAAAAUAAAGAAAAUUAUUGCCUA